AUGGGUCACUGCCGCUUGGCUAUCAACGACCUGACUCCUGACGGCAAUCAACCUAUCCAUAGUGAUGAUAAUGCCAUUCACGCAGUGGUCAAUGGCGAGAUCUAUGAUCAUGAUCGCAUCCGAGAAGAGUGCAGAGAAAAGGGGUUCGUGUUCAAGGGACGCAGCGACAGUGAAGUCAUUCUUGCAUUGUACAAGGCUUUUGGCGCACCUCGGUUUCUGGAUCAUCUCCGAGGAGAAUUCGCUUUCGUCCUUUAUGACGAGACAGCGGGAAAGGUUAUCUUGGCGAGAGAUCGAUUUGGUAUCAAGCCACUGCUGUGGACAAUCAUCCGGCAGACUAAUGGGGUUAUCAGACUUAUGGUCGCUCCAGAAGCAAAAGCUUUCCUACCUUUGGGGUGGAAGCCGCAGUGGGAUGUCGGCGCGAUUGUGGACGGCGGAUGGAUGCAAGACGGAAGGUCAUUAUUCAAGGGAGUCAAGAAAGUUCUCCCGGGGCACUGGAUGGAGAUAUCCAAAGACGGCAUGAUGCAAACCGAGGGAGAGACCAGGAGCGUCGAUGAGAUGGUUCAGGGUCUGCGGGACAAAUUAACAGAAUCAAUUCGUCUUCGUCUAAGAGCAGAUGUCCCGAUUGGCAUUUACCUCUCUGGUGGUAUCGACUCGUCUUUGGUUGCCGGAAUAGUAACCCACUUGGUACGAGAUGAAGGCAUCCAGAUUGGCAAUGAAGACGCGACGAGCCGCAUCAGCUGUUUCACGAUUCAGUUCCCCAAGGAAUCUGGAUUCGAUGAAAGUGAUAUUGCCGAGCGAACAGCAGAACAUCUUGGCAUCCAGAUCUCAAAGAAGCAGAUUGACGAGAAUGAGUUGGCCAAUAGCUUUGCUGACUGCGCUUAUCACUGCGAGCAUCACCACUUCGAUCUCAACUGCGUUGGCAAGUUUGCGCUCUCGACUUUACCGAAUGCAAAUGGUGUUAAAGUUGUGUUAACCGGAGAGGGUGCCGACGAACAUUUUGCCGGCUACGCAUUCUUCCCUCCAGAUCUACUUCGUGAACCCGACCUUUCCAUGCCGGACUCGCCGUUAGUAGGCGACUCGCAGCUCAGAGAACAUAUGCAAAGAUCCACUGAGCGGGAUAUCAAGAUGCUCAUUCCCCGUGCCGGCGCUUUUGAGCACGGUUGGGAGGCAACGCCGGGUAUUCAAAAGGUCAAUAACACCAUUCUUCCCCCAUGUAUCCUGACAUGGCAACCCAACCUUGACUUGUUCGCGCCAUGGGUACGGGAGGACAAGCGAUGGGCCAACUUCGACUGCAAGGAAGUCAUAGUGAAGUCCUUCAAGCCGUCGACACUGCAAAAGAUGCAGAGAAAGUGGCAUCCACUCCACACAGCCCAGUACAUAUACAGCAAGGGCCCUCUACCGAAUAUUCUACUAAGUUGUCUCGGUGACUUGACCGAGAUGUCUCAUAGUGUGGAGGCUAGAACUCCAUUCCUCGACCACAAGCUAACAGAAUACGUCAACAACUUACCUCCCAGUCUUAAGAUGGCCUACACACCCGACAAGAUACCCCCUGAGCGACAUCAAGGUCCUUGGUGGGAAGGUAUUGGCGUCGCGUCACAAGCCUUGACCGAGAAGUGGAUCCUUCGAGAGGCAGCUAAACCAUUCAUUCUCAAAGAGUUGUAUGAGCGGCAGAAGCACCCAUUCACAGCCCCUAUCAAGUGGUCUAGGGGUGGACCGCUUCACGACAUGCUUCAGAAUACUCUGACCAAAGAAAGAGUAGAGAAUCUUGGAUUCGUUGAUUAUAAUAUCGUAGAGGAUGCGCUUGAUCGUGGCUUUGGUGAGAAGGCAGAUGUCAAAGCCUUCAGGAUACUGCUUUUUGUGGCUGCUUGGGUGACGCUAGGUGAGCGUUUGGGAAUCCCAAAAGCUUCCCUGCAAGAUUAG